UCGGCAGACGCCAGUCGAUCACGGCGCUCUGCACCGGUCAGACGUGCGAUACCAUUCGCCUACGUCUUUUUUUUUCCUUUUUUUUUUUUACCCCUUUUAUUCUAAAGAGGAACACCUUUUCGUGUCAUGUGAUCAGUGAAAGUGUUUUCCUGCUUUUCAAUUUUGUCAUCGUGAAAGGUGCGGUUUAAAAACAAAAACAAACUGUGAUUCAAUUUCUCUCCAUCGUCAAAAACAUUUUUCAACAUUUUCUCUCCAUCGAUACGAAAUUUAAUAAAAUUAAAAUGCCAGACAAAAAGAUGAUGGAGUUUGCAAUCGAACGCGGCACUCCGCCGUGGCGUUAUCACAUGUGGACGGCAUUUGCUGCACUGGUUCUACCUUUCCUAGUCGGAGUGGGUGGGGCAAUUAUUCAUCCAGGUUGCGAAUGUGUCGAGUAUAGCAGCACAUUUGGCCAGCCGUUCGGUCAGUUCACUAGUCCGGAUUUCCCGAAACCUUACGACCCGGGUAUUGGCUGCGUCCUCUAUACGUUCACGGCGCCAGUUGCAUCCGCAUCCGGCCCCGCCAUUUCGUGGAUCGUCGAAUUGACCAUCACCAAUCUCAACUUACCGCCAACAUCCACGUGCGGAGAUGGGGAUCAUUUGGCCUUGUAUUUACACCUGGAUCGAGGUGAAAUUAAUGAGAAAACGCCAUCGAACGGGCGUCUGUGCUCGUUGCCGGCCAAACGAUCGGGCCGUUACGGCGGCCAGGCGGUGCGCUAUUACAGCGCCAAAUCAAGUUUAGUGCUUGCGUUUCACACGAAUAAGAAUGCGCCAACCGGCAAUCAUCCGUCGUCCAAUCACCAGCACGUGGACAGCGCGUCUUUUUCGACUCCUUCCGUCACAUCCAAUUCAACUAAUGUGCCCUACGGAUUCAAGGGCACUUAUCGAUUCAUACGCAAAAGUAAAUUCAGAUCAGGUGGGCAGAGGAUUGCUGGCAGCGUGUGUGAUUAUCAAUUCAUUAGCGGUGGCGCUGCGAGCCGUCAAGAUCAACAACAACAACAACCUACCAACAAAUUUUAUUCGCCAUUAUAUCCGUCGUUGUAUCCAGCCCGUUCCAGGUGUCUCUAUCAUUUCUACGGAAGGUAUCAAGAACGAGUCAAGAUUCACUUUGAGAAACUGAUCCUCGGCGAAGAAGAUGUCAGUUGCUUGUGGAGCGAAGACGGCGUUAAAGUCUACGACGGUGGCGACAUCCAAUCGCCCGUCAUUGCUCACCUGUGCGGCGUCAUUCAUCACGCUGAAUUGUGGUCAUCCUCGUCGUCCCUUCUCGUCGAGUUUUACUCUUCUAAUUCAUCCGAGCACACGUUCGAAGGCUUUGAGGGCCGCUACAGUUUCCUUCCGGCCGCCAGAGGCGCUGACGAAUACGACGACAUAAUCGAAGAAGAAGACGAAGACGAAGAAGACGAAGAAAAUGAAGACGGUUUCAUAAUCAAUCCACCAGGUGUCACUUCAUCGACGACCUGGACGACCCCGACGACAUCGGUCGGCACAACCGCCACCACCAGGCGGCGCACACAGAUGACAACGCCCACAACGGCCAGGACGAUAACCUUUAGUCGUCCGAUAAACGUGACGACGCCAUCGAUCCGCAGGGUCCAGGUGGCGUCUACCAAACCGACAUCGACAACACCAUCUCGAACGACGACGACAUCGACGACGAGCCGAUCGACGGUCAAGCAGACGACGCCAUCGCCGAGAACGUCGAAAUUGCCCUUAAUAAUAGCCGUGACGACGACAGCGACGUCAGAGAUCAGCGACGCCCAGUCUAAUCUCGGCCUGGACACCAACACAAGCUCGCCGUGUGAUCGUCUCUUCCGCAGCGAUGUCGAUAAGAACGGCACGUUCACGUCGCCCGGUUAUCCGGCCGCUUACGGCCCGUUUAUGAACUGCAAUUACGAGUUCCGCGGUCACGGCCGCGAACGCGUCCAAAUCAUCUUUACCGACUUUGUUCUCCACCAUCCGCACGACGAUCCCAGCGAGAAACCUCAUCAUCCGUGGCUGAAACAAAGCUGCGAUGGUGCGGACCGCGUGACAGCCUUCAUUUCAGUUGGUGGCAACAAAGAAAAGAUUGAUGAUUUCUGCGGAUCUGCGACUCCGCGUGAACUCAUGUCCAAUUCGGCCGUCAUGUCGCUGCACUUUCACAGCACGACCGUCUCUAGAGGAUCUCGUGGAUUCAAAGCUCGCUACUCGUUUGUCUCCAAUUUUGGCAUCACGACUGGAGAACAAAUUUCUAGCAGUCCAUGCGCCUUCCGAUUCAACAGCACCACGUCGACCAAUGGCACUUUUUGGAGCCCCAAUUUCCCUGGGUUCUACCCACGCGAUACAGAGUGUCACUAUUUCUUUCACGCCCAGGUCGGAGAACGUGUGAAAAUUGUUUUUUCAUACUUUGACAUUGAAGGCAUGAUCCCGUGUGGACUGACGUCAGCCAGCGAUUUCGUCGAGGUGUCCAAUUUCAUGACGGUGGAUCGCAAAUUACCACGCUAUUGCGGCUUGCAAAAAGAUCUUAAAAUGGAAUCGGACGGAGCCUUUUUCCGUGUAACGUUCAAGUCUAACGACCGAUUCGACGGGACGGGAUUCUUUGCUAGCUAUCAAUUCACUCCAGUAGCUGAUGCUGUUACUAUUACUCGACGGCGAAGCUCAUCUCCAGCUUCCAGUUCUCCAUACCCACCUGGAUGUAUCCUGCUGUUUUAUCUGCUGGCAUACCUGAUCUCUUAGAAAAUUUAUCUCUGCUUGAUGACGACGAGCUGAGUUUGACGCCAUCGCAACAAUACAACAACGUUCCUGGGAAAUGAAACUAGAAAAAUAGGAAAAAUGAGUGGUUUCCUAUUCGAAAUGUAUUUCGCAAAGAAGGGUCACACAGAGAUAUAGGAUAUUCUUAUUUAAUUAUUGUACAAAUCUUGUCUACUAUGUGUGUGUGUGAUUGGUGAAAUUAUGUCCAAUACCUCUUCCUUUUGGUCAUUCGUUUAUACAUAUAUAUACAUACAUCAUAACAUUUUUUGCUGAUUUUGAACUUAUUCUUCUCCAUUAAACUGUUUCAUCUUUACAAUCGAUGAGCUUCAGAGAGUUUUUUUUUAAAGCUCUCAUUGUUUAUAUUCACCUGUAUGGAUGAGAUCCCAUUUCUUUUUUACACUUUGUAUAAGAUGAUUUAAUUUCAUAUAAUUAAUUCGUCUAGCUCUCUCCCUCUUGCAUGAUGUGUGGAUUUGCUCAAAUGAAAGAGCUGUCAUUGCGUUCAUUUUAAUGAAAUAAAUUAUGGUCAUCGAGA